AUGGACAAGUCAAGCGAUUUGGCGCGAUCAGGUGCGGAUAGUCGAUUGGAGGCGUUCAACGACAUCUACCUCAACCUUUCGCGGAAGCCUGGCGCGACUCGAUUCUCCGACUCUGGCUUUGGCUGGAAGCCCGCAAACGGCGAAACCUACACUUGCGACCAGUCACAGAUCCAGCAAGCGCAGUGGAGCCGAGCAUCACGCGGAUACGAAGUCAAGAUUCUCUCGCGCAACGACGGCGUGAUACAACUCGAUGGCUUCAAGCAGGAGGAUUUCGACCGCGUCUCCAAAGUCUUCAAGACUUGGUACGGCAUCGGGCUGGACAACCGGGAGCAUGCGCUGCGUGGCUGGAACUGGGGAAAGGCCGACUUUGGGAAGGCCGAACUCACCUUCAACGUAGCCAACCGCCCCGCCUUCGAAGUCCCCUACACCGAAGUGUCCAACACGAACUUGGCGGGCAAGAACGAAGUCGCCGUCGACUUCUCGUUGCCUGCCGAUGGCGACGCUGGCGCAAACGGAAAUCUGGGAGGCGCAAGGUUCAGAGGCAAGAAGUCGGCAGGCGCCCGCGACCAGCUUGUCGAGAUGCGCUUCUACAUACCCGGUACUGCGUCGAAGAAGGAGAAGACAGAGGACGGCGAGGACGCCUCUGGGGCUGAGGACGUCGAGGAGACCAAUGCCGCCAACCUGUUCUACGAGACGCUGAUGGAGAAGGCCGAGAUUGGAGAAGUCGCUGGUGACACAUUUGCCACUUUCUUGGACAUCCUACAUCUCACUCCCAGAGGUCGAUUCGAUAUCGACAUGUACGAGAGCUCCUUCCGGUUACGCGGUAAAACAUACGACUACAAGAUUCAGUUCGACUCGGUCAAGAAGUUCAUGGUUUUGCCAAAACCCGACGACAUGCACACUUUGAUCACCGUCGGUCUCGAUCCUCCCCUCCGCCAGGGUCAGACGCGAUACCCAUUCCUCGUAAUGCAGUUCAAGCGCGAUGAGGAAGUUAAUCUCGACCUCAACAUGAAGGGAGACCUUUUGGAGGACAAGUACAAGGACAAGCUUCAGUCGCACUAUGAAGCCCCGAUUGCUACAGUUGUGGCAGAUAUCUUCAGGGGACUCAGUGGGAAGCGCAUCACCAGGCCGUCUCGCGACUUCAUCAGCCACCACGAGCAGUCGGGUGUCAAGUGUUCCAUCAAGGCCAACGAGGGUCAUCUGUUCUGCCUCGACAAGGCCUUCAUGUUCAUCCCUAAGCCUGCGACAUAUAUCAGCAUGGACAACAUUGCCUCUGUGACCAUGUCGCGUGUUGGUGGAGCCAUGGCCGCCAGCCGCACAUUUGAUAUCACUUUCAGCAUGAAGAACGGCAUGGCUGAACAUCAGUUCUCGAACAUCAAUCGUGAGGAGCAACAGCCACUCGAGAACUUUUUCCGUGCAAAGGGCAUCAAGACUAAGAACGAGAUGGCGGACGACUCUGGAGCCAUUCUGGCAGCUGCUCUCCAAGACGAAGACCUCGCGUCCAGUGACGAUGGAGCUCCAGCGAACCGCGGUAGCGCCGACGAAGAUGACGAAAGUGUCGACGAGGACUUCCAGGCCGAUUCGGAAUCGGAGGUUGGCGAAGAAUUUGACUCCGACCAUCAGAGCAGCGGGUCCGACAGCGAUGCUGAAAUGGAAGAUGCGGAGAGUGACGCCGGCGAGGCGGUACCAGAACGUCCCAAGAAGAAGCAGAAGGUGUCGCAAUAG